AUGCCCCCGCUCCCGCCCGCCGAGCCGCGCCGGGGCGUCCUGCAGACAGCGGCGCCGCGCAAGUCGAUCGACUCGAUCGAGGUCUCGGCGACCGGCUCCUGGUCCAAGCACCCGCAGCUCUACAUGCAGCGCGUCUACUGCGCGCUCGAGUCGUCACGCAAGUGCGUGGCCACGUGGACGUGCAAUGGCACCGCCUUCGCCGUGCUCGACAUCCCGGCCUUUGAAGAGGAGAUCCUCACGGUCUACUUCAAAGGCAUCCGCUUCCAUAGCUUUGCGCGCAUCCUCAACGGCUACGGCUUUAAGCGGGCCAAGCGCAAGGACGGGACCGCCUACGACUUUCAGCACCCGCAAUUUCGCCGCGGCAACUGGAAGAACCUCCCGCGCCUCGCGCCCAAGCGCAAGCCCGUCGAGGAAGUCAUGGAGAAGCGCGUCGAAGACCUCACGAUCCUCUGCGGCGAACUGCAGAAGAACCUCAAGGAGAUGCGCAACGAGAUCGGCCGCCUCCUCCAGGAGGAGGAGGAAGAAGAGCAGCACGAAGAGCGCCAGCGCCGAGCAGCCCAAGCAGAGCGCGGCCACCACCGCGAUGACGAUGAAGAGGAAGAAGAGGAUGGCGAGGACGACGAGGACGACGAGGACGACGAGGACGAAGGUGCGUCAGUCGCGUCGUCGUCGUAGCCGCCGAGGCCUUUAUCUAUAGUAGUUUUUGUGUGUUUAAAGUGUGCGUCGCAUCAAUGUCUCGGCG